GCAAAAGAUUUAACUGAUGAUUUGCGGGCUGUGCUCCAGCGCGCCUUUGGCAUGUUUGAAGAAGACGGCUACAUCGACACCGAUAAGGUUUCCGUGAUUCUCAAGACCUUGGGACAUGCUUACGACAAGCAUGAAUUGGCCAAAGCCAUCAAGGAGGAGGAUGAGGACGACUCGGAGCAGCUGGAUUUUGAUCAAUUUUGUCGCGUAAUUUGCAUUUUUAUUCAUGACGUCGACGAGGAAGUCGAUGACGAGGUUUUGCAACAAGAAUUGAAGGAAGCUUUCCGCUUGUACGACAAACAAGGCAACGGAUAUAUUCCAACGUCGUCGUUGAAGGAAAUCCUUGGGGCGCUUGAUGAUCAAUUGACGAGCGACCAGUUGGAUGAAAUGAUUACCGAAAUCGAUACCGAUGGUUCGGGAACUGUAGAUUUCGAUGAAUUUAUGGAGAUGAUGACUGGAGAUUAAUUUCGUUCGUUCGUACACAUAAAAAAACAUACAUCAGAGAUACACAUUUUAUAUGUUUUUUUUAAUAGCGCUUUAAAAAUAAAAUGUUACCGCGUAGCGUAUUAGACACUC